CCGGCUAUAGUCCCUUCACGCUUCCUCGACGUCCUCGCUGCUGCAGUCGUGUAAGUAAGACGGGUUGGCUGCAUGCUGGUCUCUCGACAUGCGGCGCGACGAUUGACACGAAUAAGCAGACGGCUGAUCCCUGCGCAAUCGAUAACAUCCCAAAAACGCGUCGAGUCACUUCCUAAAGGCGCUGUACCUCUUUGCUUUCGCUAUCGACCUCUCUCGACGGGGACCAUGGCUUCAGUCGAAAGCAUUACUCAGUCUUUGACUGGCCUCUCAAUCCAGCCUGUCGCAGUGGUGACACACGAUGCGACGAACGCGACGAACUGGCGGGAGGCCUUGCAGGCUAGCUCGUCUGCCCCUCAAUCCUUCGAAACUCUGAAGACAAUGGUGUACAAGCCCAAGACCGCAAAAACCGCGACCCCAGUGCCCCUGGUCAUCAUCGCCCGUGAGAGCACGGAAGUCAACUCCACAGCGGUGGGCAAGAAGCUGAACUUGAAGGAUGUGCGCGUCGCGUCUGAGGACCUGCUGAACGAGUUCUUCGCGCUCGACAAGAAUUCUCUAUCUCCUCUCAUCCUGACCGCGGAGACAUACCCGAAGGUCACAACCGUCCUUGACGCCUCGAUCGCUUCAUCAUCCUCCCUUUUCGCCGUCCGCGCCCGCUCCUCCACCACUACACUCUUCCUGACCGGAAAAGACAUCCUUGCAUAUCUACGUACUCUACAGACCCAGGACGCGCCCCUGCAGGAGAUCGACUUCCAAGCUCUGAUGUCUGAAGGUCAGGCAGCGUCUACGACUCAGGCAGCGGCCGCCCCCGCCAAGAAGGAGAAGGAGGAUGCGAAGAUCGAGGGCGCUGUGCAGAUUGCCAUCGGUAUCAAGAAGGAGGUUGACUUCGCGGGAUGGUACACGAAUGUCCUCAUCAAGGCCGAGAUGCUUGACUACUACAACGUGAGCGGAUGUUACAUCCUUCGCCCGUGGUCGUACAGCAUCUGGGAGGUAAUCCAAGACUGGUUCAAUGUACGGAUACGUGAAAUGGGUGUGCAGAAUGCGUACUUCCCAAUGUUCGUAUCGGCAAAGGUACUUGAGCGGGAGAAGGACCACAUCGAGGGCUUCUCCCCCGAAGUCGCUUGGGUCACUCGGGCGGGGCAGUCUGAGCUUGAGGAGCCCAUCGCUGUGCGCCCAACAUCAGAGACAGUCAUGUACCCUUACUACGCAAAAUGGAUCAAGAGCCACCGUGAUCUGCCUCUGAAGCUCAACCAGUGGAACAACGUUGUCCGAUGGGAGUUCAAGAACCCUCAGCCGUUCCUGCGUACACGAGAGUUCCUCUGGCAAGAGGGUCAUACCGCAUUCUUGACCAAGCAGGAGGCCGACAAGGAAGUGCACGAGAUCUUGGACCUCUACCGCCAAGUCUACGAGGACCUUCUCGCGGUCCCUGUCAUCAGGGGUGUCAAGUCAGAGAAGGAGAAGUUCGCAGGCGGUCUGUACACGACGACGGUGGAGGGCUUUAUCCCGACGACCGGUCGUGGCGUUCAGGCGGGCACCUCGCACUGUCUUGGGCAGAACUUCUCGCGCCCGGAGAUGUUCAACAUCUUCGUCGAGGACCCGAAUGAUCCCACCGGUCAGGCGAAGGCAUAUGUCUGGCAGAACUCGUGGGGUUUGUCGACCCGCACUAUCGGCGUGAUGGUCAUGAUCCACGGUGAUAACCAAGGCUUGGUCCUUCCGCCCCGCGUCGCGUCCAUUCAGGUCGUCAUUGUCCCAUGCGGCAUCACAGCGAAGACGACCGACGAGCAGAGAAAGGCGAUCAGCGACAAGUGCGAGGAGCUCGCCAACGUGCUCAAGAAGGCCGGCGUGAAGGCGAAGGCGGACCUCCGUGAGGGCUACACGCCUGGCUUCAAGUUCAACGACUGGGAACAGAAGGGUGUGCCGCUUCGUCUGGAGAUCGGUCCUGCCGACCUCGUCAAGAACCAAACACUGGGCGUCCGUCGCGACACUGGUGUCAAGGCCCCGAUCCCCCUCGCAGAUGUCACGUCCGCCGUGCCGAAUCUACUUGAGACUAUACAAUCCGAUAUGUUCAAGCGUGCGCAAGACACGUACUUCUCGCGCCUCAAGCAGGUGACGCGCUGGGAAGACGUUGUUCCUACACUCGACGAAAAGUGUGUCGUCGUCAUGCCAUGGUGCGAGGAGGAGGCAUGCGAAGACGACAUCAAGGAACGCAGUGCUCGGUCUGCCGAGCCACAGGAUGAGCGGGCUCCGUCAGCGGGUGCGAAGUCGCUGUGCAUUCCCUUCGACCAGUCGCGCUGGCCGCCUAUCGAGCCUGGCAAGACAGAAUGCGCUGCGUGUGGCAAAGACGCGAAGCGUUGGACCAUGUUUGGUCGUUCUUACUGAAGGCACGGGGCGGUAGUGAUUUGAAUGUAGUAUAGACCGACCACUUAUAUAAUCAGAAGCUGUUCUAAACACAA